GUCAAAUUGCAGGUUGACAUGAUGCUGGCAGCCACCAUGUCGAGGCGGUUGUCGACCAAGUCGCCGUUGGUAGAGAUUUCACGAGUUCCUCGCACGGCGUCGUGGUCACUCGAAGACUUGCACCGCCAUCCAAACCAACACGACGUCCUCACACGAGAGAGCUUUUUGAAUCUCGCCGAGCUUUCUCAUUUGUACAUUCCCGACGACAAGCUGCCCAAGUUGAUGUCCGAAGUCGAGGCGAUCAUCCAGUGCACCCGCGUCAUUCAGGAAGCCACAGUACAUGCCAACGUGCACGACGUGUAUUCCAAGAACAGCUUUGGCCAAGGUACACACACCACAUCUCCGUUGUGUUGCUACUGGUCUUCUGUACGCUGUAGUACCCGCGGCCCCGUUGCGCGAAGACGUCGUCACCGAAGGCAACUGCCCUGACCAAGUGCUUGCCAACGCAUCGACAAAGCACGGGUAUUUCUUUCAAGUUCCGAAAGUCCUCGAGGAGUAAUGCCAUCAUCUUGGCAUCUCGAACGAGCCUGGCAUGAUGUGUGUGUUGCAAUGAAUUCAAUUUGGGCGAUCUACACCUAAUUUGGGUUUCCGACGCAGAGACGUCAAUGGAUCCCAUCGUUUAUAUGCACGUUAAAUAGUUUAACGUCGUUUUAAACUUUCCA